AUGAAUCGGCAACGUGCGGCCGAAAAGGCCCUGCACGAUCAAACAAAUAUCCUGCCUUUUGGGCAGCUCAUGGUCGUUUUCACGGGCCUAGCCACAUCACUGGUGAUUACAUUCGUUGAUCAAAAUGGAAUUAGUGUAACUUUGCCUACCAUUGCCCGGGACCUUGGUGCCCAAGAUACAAUCUCAUGGGCUGGAACUUCGUCUUUGAUUGCCAAUACCAUGUUCACCGUGCUCUAUGGCCGACUCUCAGAUAUUUUCGGACGAAAGGUUGUCUAUCUAUCUGCAUUGAUCUUGUUGUGCAUCGCAGAUCUACUCUGUGGUUUGUCUCAAAACCCGGCCAUGUUCUACGUCUUUCGAGGUCUGGCUGGAGUCGCUGGUGGUGGUGUUACCUCUUUAACCAUGAUCAUCGUCUCUGAUGUGGUCACUUUGGAACAACGUGGAAAGUACCAAGGCAUUCUGGGUGCUUCACUAGGCGUUGGAAACAUCAUUGGACCCUUUAUCGCUGCUGCAUUCAUUAUGCGCUCAACGUGGCGUGGCUUCUUCUGGAUGAUCUCGCCUCUCGCUGCACUAUCUGCCGUUGUGGGAUACUUCCUGAUUCCGAAUAACGCACGAAAUGACCGGUUCCGCAAGAAUAUUGGUCGAAUCGACUGGUACGGUGUAUUGGCAUCAUCGAUUGGAAUCAUUUUCAUCUUGAUUCCAAUUUCUGGAGGUGGUUCAUAUUUCCCAUGGGAUUCACCAAUGGUGAUUAGUAUGCUUGUGAUUGGAGGUCUCUCCUUCAUCGCGUUCCCUUUCAUUGAAUGGAAGGUAGCCUCCUUGCCCAUGCUUCCGAUCCAAUUCUUUAAGAACAGAGUGAUCGUCGCCCUCUUCCUGCAGAGCUUCCUCCUUGGAGCAGUCUACCAGGCUUACCUCUACUACUUGCCCCUGUACUAUCAAAAUGCGCGUGGCUGGUCCCCAAUUGUCUCUGCUGCUUUGACAGCACCCAUGGUGGCCUGCCAGUCAGUUGCCUCAAUCUGCUCUGGCCAGUAUAUUUCUCGGCUCAAGCGAUACGGCGAGAUAAUCUGGGCAGGUUUUGGCCUCUGGACUCUCGGUGCUGGGUUGAUGCUGCUCUUCGACCACAACACACACCCGGCCGUCAUUGCAGUCUGCGUCGGUAUCACUGGCAUUGGAAUCGGCUUCACGUUCCAGCCUACCCUCGUCGCUCUACAAGCACACUGCACCAAAUCUCAGCGUGCCGUGUCCAUCUCAAACCGCAAUUUCUUCCGCUGCAUGGGAGGAGCAUGUGGUCUGGCAAUCUCCGCUGCCAUCUUGCAAGCUACCUUGAGAUCAAAUCUCCCAUCAGAAUUCUCCUAUCUGACGCAUUCAUCCUACUCGCUUCCGUCGCGAUCAACAUUGACCGACGCCCAGUGGACAUCAAUUCUCCUUGCAUACACCAAGGCCUCUCACGCGGUCUUUAUCUUGCAAGUUCCGCUUAUUGGCGUUUGUUUCCUUGCCUGUGUCUUCAUUCGAGACAGGGGUCUGGAGCGACCGAAGGAGCCUGAGGAGAUCGAGGAGGAAAAGCGAAAGGCAGAACAAGCUGAGAGAGAUAUCGAAGCAGCUCAACCCGAGGAUAAUGAGAACUCCGAGGCCGAAAAUAACAAGACGAUUGAGCACCGUCAGUCUAUGUCGACACUUGUGGAGCCCUCCAUGCCUCCAUCUCGUGCUGAUCCGGAGCCUGUGAACAAUGAAGAGAAGAAGCCAUAUGGUGAAAAUUAA